GCAAAGAGACCUUACUGCAUUAUUCCUGGGGUGGCGACAGCCCAGUAUCCUUGAGAGAAUCUGGACUGGGGUGGCUGCUGCUGCCACCAGGGGAGGGGACAGAAUCCAAGGCACCUCCGGCUACAGGGGGACCUCCACGAUGCAGGUGAGCCAGGGAGCAGCACUGGUCACCCUCGCGCUGUGGGCACUUUGCUCACCGGUGCUGAGCACAGAAGGCAAGCGGAAGCUCCAGAUUGGAGUCAAGAAGCGGGUGGACAACUGCCCCAUCAAAUCCCGCAAGGGGGACGUGCUCCACAUGCAUUACGCGGGAAAACUGGAAGACGGGACCGAGUUCGACAGCAGCCUGGCUCGUGAUCAACCGUUUAUCUUUACCUUGGGGACUGGACAAGUCAUUAAAGGCUGGGAUCAGGGCCUGCUUGGGAUGUGCGAGGGUGAGAAGAGGAAAUUGGUAAUACCCGCUGAACUCGGUUACGGGGAUCGGGGGGCACCCCCCCAAAAUCCCAGGUGGGGCAACGUUGAUCUUUGAAGUGGAGCUGCUGAAGAUCGAGCGGCGGCAGGAAUUGUAGCUAUAUCUCUUCCGGGACCAGGGGGUGGAACGUGCGGCACGUGGGGCAGGGCGUCAGAGAGAGAAGCCGGGGAGGCAUCCAAAGAAGCGACUCGGGGAUUGUGGAUCAUUGACGGGCCAAAUAAAAGCACAGACCAGA